AUCCCCAGCCAUUCCCCGCCACUCCCAGCUGCCACAGCGGAUAACUAAAGCUAAGCAAUCACAAGAACUCACGCACGCACGCACACGAAGAACACAGAGACCAGAGGAGCAUAAAAAAGAUUAGCAAGAUGCAAGCAUUCCUCGCCUACUCGAUCCUUCCGAAUCCAUGCUCCAGAUCCUUCUUCCCGCGUCCAACAAAUCGACCCCAGUUCCUCCUGUCCUCGGUUUCGGAAUCGAGGACGGGUGCUGCUCCCACCGCGAGAAGAUGCGGUGGGACGGGCCGGAGCGUGGUGACCGCGGCGUCAUCGUCCCCGGCGGUGGCCACCACGGCGACGGACGUUCCCGGGACGAUGAAGGCCUGGGCGUACGAAGAGUACGGGGACGCCAGCGUGCUUAAGCUCGACGAGGCCGUGUCGGUGCCGGCGGUGGGCGAGGACCAGGUGCUGGUCAGGGUGGCGGCCGCGGCGCUCAACCCCGUCGACUCCAAGCGGCGUAUGGGCAAGUUCAAGGCCACCGACUCCCCACUCCCGACUGUUCCAGGGUACGACAUGGCCGGAGUGGUGGUCAAGGUCGGCAGCCAGGUGAAGAGCCUCAAGGAAGGCGACGAGGUGUACGGCCACAUCAGCGAGAAGGUCCUGGAGGGACCCAAGCAGUUCGGCUCGCUGGCAGAGUACACCGCCGUGGAGGAGAAGCUGGUGGCCCUCAAGCCCAAGAGCAUCGACUUCGCGCAGGCCGCCGGUCUGCCGCUCGCCAUCGAGACCGCCCAUGAGGGCCUCGAGAGGGCAGGCUUCUCCGCCGGCAAGUCCAUCCUUGUCCUCGGCGGCGCCGGCGGAGUCGGGACCCUUGUCAUCCAGCUGGCGAAGCAAGUUUACGGCGCGUCGAAGGUGGCGGCGACGGCGAGCACCCCGAAGCUGGAGCUCCUGAAAAGCCUGGGGGCCGACGUGGCCAUCGACUACACCAAGGAGAACUUCGAGGACAUGCCGGAGAAGUACGACGUCGUGUUCGACGCAGUCGGCCAGGGCGAGAAGGCGGUCAAGGUGGUGAAGGAGGGCGGCAGCGUGGUGGUGCUCACCGGCGCGGUCGCGCCCCCGGGGUUCCGGUUCGUGGUCACCUCCGACGGGUCCGUCCUGGCGAAGCUCAACCCUUACCUCGAGGCCGGCAAGGUGAAGCCGGUGGUCGACCCCAAGGGGCCCUUCCCCUUCUCCCAGGUCGUGGAGGCGUUUUCCUACCUCGAGACCGGGCGAGCCACCGGCAAAGUAGUCAUCUCACCUGUUCCAUGAGACACUUCUGUAAAUAGCUAGCACAAGUGAUGUGUUUUUGUCAGAGUUUACUGAGCAAAUAUUUGUUGGAUCGUGCGUAUAAACAGAAAAAUAUGUGAUGUUAUCAGAGAUGGCAGUAGGUUCCUGGCGUAUUACAAUGAACAUAAAUCUUUUUUUGUUCAA